CAAUAUUCAUCCCCAUCUCCCAUCUUUGUUUGUUCCAUCUCUUGCUUCUUGCUUCUAUUACUUGCUUCUUUCUUCACCAUGUCACUUGCUGGGAAAAUCACCACUGAAAUUGGGGUUCAUGCAACCGCUGCAAAGUGGUUCAACCUCUUUGCAACACAACUUCAUCAUGUUCAAAACCUUACUGAUAGAGUACAUGGAACCAAGCUGCAUCAAGGUGAAGACUGGCAUCACAACGAGACAGUCAAACACUGGACUUAUACCAUAGAUGGUAAGGCUACAACAUGUCUGGAGAGUAUUGAAUCCAUUGAUGAACAGAACAAAACAAUCACCUACAAGCUCUUCAGUGGAGACAUUGAUCAUAAGUAUAAGAAAUUUAAGUUCACCUUUCAAGCCAUUGAUAAGGAUCAAGGCGGUGCUUUUAUUAAAUGGACGGUUGAAUAUGAAAGGCUUGCUGAGGAGGUUGAUCCUCCAUAUGGAUACAUCGAAUACCUGCACAAAUGCACUAAAGAUAUUGAUGUUCAUCUUCUCAAAGCAUAGCUCUAAAAGUUAUGCACUAAGAAAUAAUGGGCUUGGCCUCUGGAUAAGUGCUUAUAUGUAUAAUAAUCGGUGUGGAGUUUGACGAGAAGGAUGCUUAUAUAGAUCCUUCCUUUGUAUGGAAUAAACUUGGAUAUGCAUGUCGGUGAUGUCUUGUGUGUGUUAAAUUAUAUAUGUGGAAGUGCUCAACGUGAUACAUAUGAAUAUUAAUGAAUGUUUUAUGAUCGAUUUUGCUAAGUAUA